AUGCCACCAAAGGCACUUCCACCAGCACACCACGUUGACAUAGAUCCCAGCAAUAGCAGGCCCCUUGGCCCUCCACUCAAGCUUACCCAUGCGGAAGAGCUUGGUGCAGUUAUGGCGUACCUCACGAACCUGGGCGCCAAUGCAAUGAUCCCCGUCUCCAUUGACCCAACAAUACCAGUGGACCCGCAGCUCAUUCUUGAGUUUAACACACGUAGUCCACGGGCACGGGAAGAAGUCAAAUCGCUAGUUGCUGAUACCUGGGCUGCCAACCCAGUUGUUGUGAUCUCAGAGGUGCGUUCCUCGCGUCAACCUGCAUCGAAGACAGUCAAAGCUAUCUUAGAGGAUCUUGAUCUUUCACCGUUACCCAUCGAAAUGGACGUUGACUUGCGAUCUGAUGGUGAACGACUAAGGAGACUCAUGUAUCGGCUUACGCGCUCAAAAUCGGUGCCUAUCGUACUUGUCGGCGGCAAGGCGAUAGGCACGGUUGACGAAUUCGAGAAGCAACAUGCAAAUGGACAACUACAUAAGAAGAUCCUCGCCGCUGGGACCAAAAUCCGAGCGGGGAAGUCCAAGAAGAUGCGUUAA